AAAUUUUCCUCAAACCCAUGAAUGCUCUUUGAUCUGCAAAGCAUAUGAAUUGGCUCCAAACUUAAAACAUGAAAUCUAAAUUACCCCAAGACCACCGUUCAAUAAUUAAUGAAGGAGAGGAGAAUGAAAUGGAAAUCUUUGGCUAUAGGAUAAGUGUACUUUGGAUUAUCUUGUGUGUGAUUGGCUACUGUUUAUCAGCUGGGAUUCUUCUGCUCCUGUUUUAUUGGAAGCCUGAAUGGAGCGUCUGGGCAAACUGUGUCCCCUCAUCACUGGAGAAAGCCAAUGUGAUUUUACUGAGAACAACUGAUGAAAGGAAAAAAUACACUCGAAAGAAGGUGCGUUGGAUUACCCUGGACCAAUUUAAAGACUCACUUUUAUGUGACCCAAAAUGCUCUAUCAUGUCUGAUAAAGACUCCGUUGUGAACAGAGCCAUAAGGAGGCCAGAUGUCAAAGUAAAGUUCCUACGGGUGCAGAAAAUUAGAUAUGUCUGGGAUCACUCUAAAAAGAAAUUUGAGAAAGCUGGAACCUUAGAGGAGGAGCACUCUUGUUAUAGCAUACAUGCAAAGUAUGGAUCUGGUCUGCAAAAAGAAGAACAAGAUAUCAGGAGACUAAUAUGUGGAAAUAACACUAUUGAAGUUGAAGUGGCUCCUCUCUGGAAAUUAUUCAUUAAUAAAGUGCUAAAUUUAUUCUACAUAUAUCAGUUCUUUACUGUGGUCCUAUGGCUGGCUGAAGGGUACUUGGGUUAUGCGAUUGCCAUCCUCCUUUUGUGUAUUUGCACGAUCACUUUAUCUCUCAUGGAACUAAGACAGCAAUCUUCAAAGCUUCACAAUUUAGUUAAAGCUCACAAUGACAUGAAGGUGAAUGUUUGCCGGAGAGGUGAAGAUUGCAGUCAAACUGAAUGUCAACUUUUAGUUCCAGGGGACAUUAUUAUUUUAACUGGCAAAAACUUUUUUAUGGCAUGUGAUGCCAUUUUGAUCAACGGGACAUGUAUUGUCAAUGAAGGAAUGUUAACAGGUGAAUGUAUACCUGUGACAAAAACACAGCUACCUCAUGGAGAUGACUCAAUGCCAUGGAAGCAGUACAGUGGAGAAGAUUAUAGGCGCCAUGUAAUGUUCUGUGGUACUGAAGUGAUAAGAACUGAAUCCACUGCACAAGGUCCAGCCAGAGCUGUGGUCUUAAGGACUGGCUUUAAUACAACUAAAGGAGAUAUGGUGAGGUCCAUAUUGUAUCCAAAGCCCUUAAACUUUAAGCUCCACAGAGACGUUAAAUGGUUUUUUGUAUUUUUGGGAUUUCUAGCCGUUGUUGGCAUUUUAUAUUCAGUGAUCAUAUUUGUACAGAGAAAGGUUUCAGCUUGGAGAAUUAUUGUGGAGGCUCUUGUGCUUUUGACAUCUGCAAUUUGUCCAAUUAUUCCAGCUGCUUUAACAGUUGGAAUUCUAUAUGGUCAAAGCAGAUUGAAGAAAAAGACUAUAUUUUGUAUUAGCCCAGAUAGAAUCAACAUGUGUGGCCAGCUCAACCUCUUCUGUUUUGAUAAAACUGGCACUUUAACAGAAGAUGGACUUGAUUUGAUGGGCAUAAUACCAUCAGGAGGAACAUGUUUUCAGGAAAUGCUUGAGCAUAACCAGAUAAAUAAACUGACCUGGGGACCUAUGUUUGGUGCUAUGGCAAGCUGCCACUCAGUGAUCGUGGUUGAUGGGAAUCUACAAGGUGAUCCUUUGGACCUCAAAAUGUUUGAAGCUACUGGCUGGGUGCUAAAAGCUACUAAUGAAGAUUUUAGUAAGGAAUAUUCUUCACAAACAAUGGUUGUCCAUCCUGGGCCGAGUGCAUGGAUAAAUACAGUAAAAGGUAUAAAUGUAUUGUUCCAGUACCCUUUCUCCUCCGCUUUGCAACGUAUGUCUGUCAUCACUGAGGCUAUUGGUGCAGAUGAGUUGAUUGUUUACAUGAAGGGAGCACCAGAGAUGGUGGCCAGUUUCUGUAGGCCAGAAACAAUCCCUAAAGAAUUCUUGGAAGUACUGGAAAUCUAUACAUUUCAGGGUUUAAGAGUAAUCGGAGUGGCAUACAAAAUUCUUACAAAUGGGAAUAGGGAUGAUUUAGAGAGCAUAGAAAGGUAA